AUGGCUCGUGAACAAGGCUCGCACGUUUUAGCCGAUGGAACCAAGCUGCGAGCAGACGGAAGGGCCGGCAAAAGCACGCCUAGUCUUUAUACAUGGCUUUUCAGAUUGGACAAAUACGACGACUUCUUCACCGCGUUGGCGUCCAAAGGAAUCGAGGUCUACGCUUUUGACCAAAGAGGCUGGGGACGAUCAGUGACGAAAAGCUCCGAGCGAGGCAAUACUGGACCCACUACCCAAGUGCUAGACGAUAUCACGUCAUUCCUCAAGACGGUGAUUCCAAGUCCAGUGCCCCUAUUCCUGAUGGGACACUCCAUGGGCGGUGGUGAGGUGCUGUGUUAUGCAGCCCAAGGCCCUGAAGAAGUCCGCAAGCAUAUCCGCGGAUAUCUCCUGGAAUCACCCUUUAUAGACUUCGAUCCCAAGUCAAAGCCAUCGCCCGUCACGGUCUUCCUUGGGAGACUGGCUGCGAAGUUGCUGCCCCAUAGACAAAUGACGAACAAGCUGAAGCCAGAACUCAUCUCUAGGAACACCGAGGCCUGUAAGAACUAUGCCAUUGACGAGCUCUGCCACGAUACAGGCACACUCGAAGGUUUGGCGGGGCUAAUGGACCGGACUGGACAGUUGGCAACUGGCAAGAUUGUGAUUGCCGACAAUGCUGGAGAGGGUGGAGUGACUAGAAUCUGGUUUGGUCAUGGUGACGCUGACGGCAUCACCGACUAUCGGGCAUCGAAGCGACUGUUUGACGCUCUGCAGGUCAAGGACAAGGAGUUCAAGACCUAUGUAGGCUACUACCAUCGUUUACAUGACGAGCCGGGACAGGAUGGAGAAGUAUUCAUAAACGAUGUUGCCAACUGGAUACUGGCUCGUUUGACGGAGCAAGGGCAGAUGGAUGGCACAAAGUCGAAGCUGUGA